AUGAAACCAUCAAUAUCCCCCCUCCGCCACCUCUCCCGCAAUGCCCGAAUCUCCGCCAUCCGCCGCGGCACCACCCACCCAAGAACCUACGCAACAGUAUCACGCGAGCAACCCACAUCAUCAGCAGCCGCAGCAGCAGACGACACCUCCCUCUCCCAAAUCACCACCCUGCCCAACGGCAUCCGCGUAGCCACCGAGGCCAAACCGGGCUCCUUCAGCGGCAUCGGCGUCUACAUCGACGCCGGCUCGCGCUACGAAAGCGAUGCCCUGCGCGGAGUCUCCCACAUAAUCGACCGUCUAGCCUUCAAAUCCACCGAAGACCAUUCUUCGGACCAGAUAUUCGAGAAGAUGGAGAUGCUGGGCGGGAAUAUUCAAUGCGCUUCCUCCCGCGAAAGUCUAAUGUAUCAGUCCGCGACGUUCAAUAGUGCUGUGCCGGAUACUAUUGCCCUGAUUGCGGAGACGAUACGGGAUCCGGUGAUUAGUGAUGAGGAGGUGGGACGGCAGCUGGAGACGGCCGAGUACGAGAUUGGGGAGAUUUGGGGUAAGCCGGAGUUGAUUUUGCCGGAGUUGGUGCAUAUGGCUGCUUAUAAGGAUAAUACGCUCGGAAAUCCAUUACUCUGUCCGAAAGAGAGGUUGGAUGUGAUUGAUCGGCGGACAGUGGAGGCGUAUCGGAAGAACUUCUUUCGACCGGAGCGGAUGGUUGUGGCAUUUGCGGGGGUGGAACACAAUGGGGCCGUGGAGCUGGCAAAACAUUAUUUUGGGGAUAUGAAGGAUCCCAUGGCCAGGACACCGACCACCCGAUCUCAAAAACAGGGAGAGCAACAUUUACAACCACCCUACCCGACGUCGCAAGUCCCACCACAAAAAGACAGCAAACUAAUGUCCCGCCUCCCCUUCCUCAAGAACCUCUCCACCUCCGCCAACCAAAAAGCCACCGUCUCCCCUCUAGACCCAAAUCAAAUCAUACCUCAUCCUCUGGAUCAAGCGAUAGACUACACCAUCCCCUCCCACUACACAGGCGGCUUCCUAACCCUCCCACCCCUCCCUAUCCCCCCUCAACCCUCUCUUCCGAGAAUCUCCCACAUCCACCUCGCCUUCGAAUCCCUCCCAAUCAGCAGCCCAGACAUCUACGCCCUCGCCACCCUUCAAACCCUCCUAGGCGGUGGCGGCAGCUUCAGCGCCGGCGGGCCCGGAAAGGGGAUGUACUCCCGCCUCUACACCAACGUCCUAAACCAAUACGGCUGGGUAGAGAACUGCCAGGCUUUCAACCACGCUUACACGGACUCGGGACUGUUCGGCAUAAGUGCAGCGUGCGGGACACAAUAUGUAGGACGCAUGAUGGAUACCAUGGCGAGGGAACUCUCCCUCCUCUCCGCCGAAACGGGUCUAGGCCGCUUAUCCGAAAUCGAAGUCAAGCGCGCAAAGAACCAACUCCGUUCCUCCCUCCUCAUGAACCUCGAGAGCCGAAUGGUGGAGCUAGAAGAUCUAGGCCGACAAGUCCAAGUCCAUGGCCGCCGGAUCCCGGUUUCGGAGAUGGUGAGGUCGAUUGAGGAGGUGAGUAUGAAGGAUUUGCGCCGGGUAGCUAAGGAGGUUUUUGGUGGGGGGGUGGGGAAUCCGGGUCAGGGAUCGGGGGCGCCGACGGUGGUGUUGCAGCAGGGGGAGGAGGAGGGGGUUAGGUUUCGGGAGGUUGGGUGGGGGGAUUUGCAGGAGAGGAUUGGGCGGUGGGGACUGGGGAGGCGGUAG